CUCCCCGGGUUUGGAGGCAGGAUGGCGGCUGCAGAGGGCUCAGAGCCCCGCUGUCCGGAGGAUUCUUCAGACAGCGAGCCGGAGCAGGAGCCCGGAUCCCCGCAGAAACUCAUCCGGAAAGUGUCCACGUCCGGACAGAUCCGCAGCAAGACGGUGCUGAAGGAGGGUUUCCUCCAGAAGCAGAGCAGCUCCUUCCAGCGCUGCAAGAGGCGCUACUUCAAGCUACGAGGAAGGACCCUGUACUACGCCCAGACCCCCAAGGUAUAUACUAAUAUAUAUACUGUAUAUACACACACACAUAUACACAUCUAUAGCUGCGAGGAAGGACCCUGUACUACGCCCAGACCUCUAAGGUAAUACCAGUGUGCUACGGGGCGCAAGCCAGGUACAAAAAAUACAUAAAUAAUAAUAAUUUAAUCAAUUUAAUCACUCUUAAUUAAGA